CUGUGGCCUGCUGAGGUGGGGACUGGGGUACAGGGGCCUCGUGUCCCCUCCCUCUCCAGGCUGGCGAACCCACCGGAGGCCAGACCCAGGGACCUUCAGCAGAGCCCAGCAGGGGAAGGGAGGAGCAUCACCAACUCUCUCAUCGCUGGGAGGAACCUGUCCUGCCCCGCAGAAAAAGAGACCCCAGAGAGCAUAUCCAAAGCCUUGGCGUCUCUGCUCACCAUCCGCUUGGACAGGGAGAACAUUUGCGCUAUCAGCAACCUGCAGGGUCUGAGAGAGGUCCGCAAUCUCUACCUGCAACAGAACCAAAUUGAGACCAUUGAGAAUCUCAGCUGCCUUCCCAACCUCCGGUUCCUCUCGCUGGCUGGAAACCGCAUCCGUGCAGUGGAGAACCUCCAGGACCUGCAGCACCUGCAGUUCCUGGACCUGUCGCAGAACUGGAUCGAGACACUGGACCCUGAUGAGCUGCCCUGGAGCCUCCGCAUCCUGAACUUUUCAGGAAACAGAUGCACCAGCCAAAAUGGCUACAGCUGGAGGGACCCUGACCCAGUGGAGGAGGAGGAAGAGGAGGGAGCUUCUGAUGACAGUGACGCUGAGGAAGAUGAUGAUGUCCCUGAGCUGACUGGUCCUUUCUGUGCAGACAAAGAGUUCUUUACAGGUCUCCACCAGGAGCUGGCUGGCCGCUCACAGAGGAGGAUGCAGGAGGCGCUGAGCGAACACCAGGCCCGGCUGGAGGAGCUCACAGAGCGCCAGAGACUGAUGCAGCUGCCAGGACAUCUGUGCCCAGGAAGCUGGGAGGGCCACCUGGCACCUAGCCCAGCAGAGGAGGGAGCUGCAGGAGGGAGAUCACCAGCCCCUGGGCUGCUUGAGCCGCACCCCAAACCCAAGUCAGGAGGCUCUACGAGGUCUGGCACCCCACGCACUGGCGGGCAGAGCAAGCGCGGGAGCGGGGCCCGCCUCAAGCCCCUGAAAGGGGAAGCUUCCACCACAGUUAAAACUGCAGCCAGAGCAGCAAAAAAAUGACUGACGCCCAGCCAGCCCCCGCUGCAAAGGCGCACAGGGGACUGACUGGGCCGGCCCCGACAAAACAGCACAGUGGCGUUUGCGAUUGAAACGUAAAACCUCUUUAUUCCACCUCAGUCUGUCUGCCUGUGGGCUUCUGUCCUGCGCUCCCUGGCGGGGGUGGGGUUAGCCCUGCACAGCAUCCCAGCUCUGUACAGGCCAGGUAGGUGGGGAUCAUCCCCUUGCUAUGGAAAGUGACCCGAACGAGGUCCCUAGGUGAGUCUGAGAGAACCCAGCUGUCCUGUGCUCUAACCAUUAGGCAGUGUUUCCUCUUAGGAAGAAGCAAGGUGGGCCCUGGUAACCCAGCCACCAAAAUUCAGCUCCAUCUAGCUAGCUGAGGCUCUCCCCCUCCCAGUCCCACGGAGUCUGGCUCAGGACACCUGGCCUGUUCAAGCUACUGAACCCUCCGCUGAAGUUCUGGACUCUUCAUGGGAGUGACAACUCAUGCAAGUUGAAAGGAGUGGCAGGCGUCCAUUCCAGGGGAGGGCUGUCCACAGCUACAGGCUGGGAAAUGCCAGGCGGAGGGUCCAGAAAGGGCACCAUGCCAGAGCAAUAAUCCCGGUGGUGAAAAGCCACUUCCAGUCCAGUUAACGCAGCUGGAGAGAAUGUCAGCGAUCGGAUGUGAGGUUAAGAAUCAGAAUUGGAGCAGACGGGGCAGCAGCAGCAGGAAUUAAGGUUCUUCUGUUCCUUUGAAAUGCUCCAUGCUGAAAGGAAAGCAGGGGAAAGAAGCAAGCAAUCUCCAGACACGGUAAGCCAGGCAGGGCUCUGAAACAAUCCAAGAGGGAGGGUGUCCUUUCACCAGCGGCCGGGGGUGGCCACAAGGUGGACCAUGGCUCAGCCACGCCUAUUCUCCUUUUUUAUGAUGGUGCAGCAUAAGAAGAUCCCAAGUCCCAGAAUGCAAUGCUCUGCCUUGCUUUGAACAACCCAGUUAUGUUGCAUGGUGGACCCUGUAAUCUCUAUUGGCCAUAUAUCUCUGUUAAGGAUGAAGGAGCUUCAGGUUCCCAAGAGGAGGCCAACGAGAUCCCAGUGACUGAUCAAUGUAACCCCUCUGUGACGUGCUUCCCCGAUCCCAUAAAUGGGGCUGUUCCAGGCUGACACUCUCCCAGUCCGUGGCACGCAGACCCUGCCCUUAGGGACAGGUAUUAGACCACAACGUUGUGCCUUUCAUGUGGAUACUGGGCCAUGGGGCAAUGCCACACUGUUUCCCAGGAGCCUUUGCUCCUUUUCAUUCCAGGCUGCGGCCCAGAGCGGCUCUGCCUUUGACAGGGAUGUUAAUGAGCACAGAGGCAAGGGGGGCAGCCAGUGCAGACUAUACCCCAAAACGGACAUGCAGUCAGGGAGCACAAGGCAAAAUAGAGGGGUCCCCCCAACAAAGCCCAGAGGGGUGCAGCCCACAAUCUAUGAACUCUGCAGCAUCUUUCUCCUUCCCCUGCCCACCCACCCUGAAACCCACCAGCCUCAGGCUUAUUUGUAGAACUUGAUUUCCGUGUCCACACAAUCAAACAAGAGGUCAGCCAGCUCCUCCGGGUCAAGGGUGAUACCGCCGGCCAGGAUUUCCUUCAUGGCCUCCAGGCCCUGCCUCUCCAGAUCCUGCAUGGUCUGCUGGAGCUUCUGGCCUUGCUCCUGCGGAACAGGGUCAGUGGAGAAGAGAGAGAUGUAAGGGACACGUACAGCCUAAGCCACUGCUCAUGGGGAUGGUCUCGAUCCUGAGUGAGUCCAGAGUCUAACUCCAUCCACUCCACCUCCCAGAAACACCCCGCUAAUCUCAGACAGGCCAACCGCAAUCCUCCCACUGUACAGCUGGGAGCUCUGCAGCCCAGCUGGCUCCCAGGAGAAAACCCUAGAGCUCCCGGGAACACUCCCAGGGCUGGGGUGAUGGGCAGUUAGCGCCAGGCGAGGCCAUCAGGAGCCCCGCUCAGCAUUUGAGAGGGAAGCAGAACCCCAGGGUACGAGCCCAGGGCAUUCAGUUACCUGGCUAGUUUCCAUGCGAUCCAGUGCUGCUUGAUGUGCCUGGUAGAGCUCAUGUCUCCGAUCAACUCUGCUCUGGAAUCGAGGGACCUUCUGGACGGGGUCCUUGUCACCAAAGCUCGGAGACAUUGCCUUUGGGACCGGAGUCACAUUGGCGACGAAGAUGAAGGGCUUGAAUAUGGACCUGCCCAGGCAGGAGAUGGGGGCAGAGACUGUUAGGGGUGUCUCUGCAGCCCCACAACAUCCUUGCUGAGACGUACCCUGGCAAAGUGGGUUUCGGCCAGAGGUUGCCAGGGAUCUGCCUCCUGACCAGCUCAUGCCCACAGGGGAAGCGAACAGCAGGAUUGUAGCACUGCCAGGGUUCGACCCAAAAGUCUGCUCUGCAGCUAAGCUGGGGGCGCCCCAGGGCAAUGGGGCCGGAUGCUAUUAGGAUAGCGUAGAUGACUCGGCUGGGACGCUGUCGGGUUCCCCAUUUAAGUCUCGAUCCCUGAGCUCCAAGUGACUUCCCGUGCUCUGAGCACUCUCAGGGUGGAGCCCUGGCUUCUCACUGAACCAAUCCCAGGUCAGUCUCUGCCCGGGAUCCCUCUCGGACAUCGGCAGAUGGUUUCGCUGCUGCCGGGCAAAGGGCUAAACAGGACGGAAAGGGCUCCUGGUUCAAAGGCUCUCAUGAUGUUAAUGUGCAAACAAAGAUCCUGAUCCUGCCACGGGCCAAGCAUCCUUGGGGAAGUUGCUGGUGGCUGAGGACCCUCAGCACCUUAGAAACAACAGGUCUGUUUAAUUUUCACACAGUCUUCUCCCAGCCUCCUCCGACAGCCCGGAGCCAGGGGCUUUCCAAGCACAGCGGGCCCCUUGGGCAGCACUGGUACUAACCUGGAGGGGUCGGGCGUGGCUGUGAAGAAAUGCACGCAGGGCAAGGUGGAGUCCUGGGGGAGGAUGGACACCAUGCUCCCCGUGGUGCGGAAGCCCUCCGAGUCCACACAGAUCCCACUGGCCUUGUCCCGCAGGAUGUCCAUGAUGGUCUCCACCGUGAUGCAGCCUAGCAACACCGGGGGGAAGAGAUGGAAGAUCAAUGGGCAAGUAACCACUGGGUGGGGGACUGGUUCAUGCUUUCCAUCGACCAGCAGCAGGUUAGGUCACCAUAUCUGUGGCCAAUGAGAUGAGACCAAGUGGUUGCUGGAUGACCCAGAGAGACGCCUCUCCUGAUUGCUAGAUGCUGCCACUGCCAACCAACUGCUCCCAUCCCAUUGAUGGGAUGACACUGAGCACCAGGAGACUGGCUUUGAUCCUUCCCAUGGAUGGUAAUGGGAUGAGGCACCACGCUGGCACAGCCUCAUCCCCCGCACCCACCUGCAUGCUGCUGCAGUAGCUCCUUGCCAGCGCAGAAUCGGGCCUUGGCCGCCUCCAUCCGCACGGGCUGGUGGGUCAGAGAGAAGACCUUGCUGAAGCUGAACUCCCCAUCCCCGCUCCACCAGCCCUGGCUCUGGGCAUGGCGCCUCAGCCCCGUGUGCUCGGCGGUGAUAUCCGUGCCGAUGCUCAGCUGGUUGGAGAUAUUCCGGGUCCCUUCUGCAACAAGACGUGGCUUUGGUGAAGAGGGACUGUAUUGGUGGGAUAGUAGCCAUGAGGGCUCCCAGCCCGGGCCCUUCCCAAGACCUGACACCUCUAUCCACCCAUCAGCACAGGCAGGAGUAGGGCAAGCGUCCAGGAAACCGCCCGACCCAGAGAGACACCUCUCGAGGCAUGAGAAUAAAACAAGAGUCAUGUCGCCGUGGCCCACUCAAUCCUUGACCUUUUUGCUGGCGUCACAAACAAGGGGGCUGGGGGUAGCUGUGAGGCGAACUGGGUUGAGACCCACCAAACUCAUCACACAGGCCGCCAAAGCAGCAGCAGAUGGGAACAAAGUUUGGUAACCAGCAGCCUCGGCUGGACGAGGACUGGUCAGCAAGAGGUGAAAGGCCCCACAUUUAUCUGAGCUGUCCAGGCCCCUACACCCCAGAUCGUCUCCCAGUAGAACUUUCCUUCCAUCCAUCCCUGUGCAGACACUAUCCCUGCUGAGGCUGGACUAGCUGCUCCCCCACAGCCCCUCCAGCUGGGACUGCAAUAACAGAGCUCCCUGACACCCCCACUUCCAGGAUGUCCAGGACUUCUGCCACCCCGGAUAUGCACACUGCUCACCUCGGAUCCUCUGGGCUGCCCAGUACCGGCCGGCUGUCUCCAGCACCCAGGCUUCGCUCCGGUCCGCCAGCAGGAAGGUGUU